ACCGGCUGCCAUCUCCGGUUACCCAAACCGGCAGCAAAUCACCGGAGCUCAACUCACAUACCAAGGCCACUCCUCUUCUCUGAUUCCUAACCGCUCCACCGCCCUCGUCUAAUCUCAAUGGCAACGGCGGCUGCAUCUCGGCCCAGCGGCCCCGUGCUUCUGACCCCCUUUCCCAACUACCAAUCCGCCUCGCGCUCCCGUGUCAAGCUCUCCGCCGGCGGCUCGCCGGUCAAGUCCGUCAGCGCCCUGUCUCCCCCCUCCUCUCCCGUGGGCAGCGCCGCCAAGAUCCGUCGGUCCUGCAUGUGCUCCCCGACGAACCACCCCGGCUCGUUCCGUUGCAGCCUCCACAAAGACGGCAAGCAGGGGGCGGUCCCAGCCGUCAGCAGCAAGCCCGCCUCCCCGCCAUCGCCGCCGCCCAUCGGCAGCGGCUGCUCUAGGCGCAUGGUAAACGUGCUAGCGCAGCGCGUUCCCAUGGGCACCGGGCACUGGGCGCGCAGGGCGCUCGCGCCGUCUCCCACUGUACAGCAGCUGCAGCACAGGAAGCGCGCCGACCGGUUCCGUGCUGGGGCCAGCCGGCUCUCCGGCGUCUCCAUGACCGACGGCCGCGCAGGCAGCAUUAACCAGUGAAAAGACAACAACGUUGACAUGCCGUAGCAAAGAUACAAGUACAUACUGCACAAACUGUUCCUGUACAUAGGAAAGAAAUUCCCCGAAUAAUCCCGACGCUGUAUAGAAGAUCGGUGGGGAUUAGGCCGGCCCGGAAGGUUGAGUUUUAAGACCCAAUUCCAUUCCGGGCUGGUCAAUUAGCUGUAUAUAGAGUGGCUGUACAUAGAGUGAGCCUCUUCUUCCUCUCCGCUCCGCUGCACAUAGAGCGACUUCUUCCUCUCUGCUCCACUUGUACAUAGAGUGAGCUCUCGUCCUCUCUGCCUGCUAGCCGUGUAUAAACCUUGAUUUUGAUUCUGGAUACACAUCAAUACGUGAGUGGCAAAUUGGAGACACAUACA